CAUAUACACUUUCUUUCUCAGGAGCCUGGGCCCAGACAGUUACCCAGAAACCUGAUGAGGUUGUGUAUAAACUGGCUCAGAAUGCCUCAAUGGACUGCCAGUUCAUCCACACUCCAGACCAGCAGGUGGCAAAGAAUCCCAUUCUCUACUGGCAUAAAAUUACAAGUUUGACCCAAAUGACAAGACUGUGGCCUGACCCAGAGUCACCGUACAAGGGUCGUGUGGAGGUUCUGGACAGUGACCGCAACUCACCGAACAGAUCUGUACUUCUGAAGAAUGUCCAGUGGGAGGAUAGCAGUGGAAAGUAUGAGUGUAAACUGUCUUAUAGGGCCGCCAAACAAGAUAAGAGGACGAAAGGGAGCGGCGUUAAGCUGUUGAUACAUGAUUCGAUGUUCUUUGGGCUUGACCCUGAGAAUAAGACCCAACUCAUGUGUGCUGUGAAUGUUUCCCGGGAUGAUGGGUUUUUCUUAUCCUUGCUACAAGACGGAUCUAAAGUAUUCCAAAAGACCAUUGAUCCUCUUCACCCCAGCAUGUCACUGUCUGUUACCCUGUCUGUGAUCCUCCCCUUGGAGAAGGGAAAGAAUUAUGAGUGUCAAAUCCACCUGGGCUCCACUAUGAUACUGAGCCAGCACUUCGAACAGCCGCUUGAGAUGCCAGUAGAGAAGGUGCUUCCUGAACCAGUUUUCCUGUUCAUGGCCAUCCUCCUGGUCCCCAUCACCGUGCUUCUGACUCUGCUCACAGCCCUUCUUGUUCUAAGCAGAUAA